AUGAAUCUUCGGCCCCAGGUUCUUCACCUUGUGGUUGCUGCUGCCUUCUACAACACUGCUCUUGCAGAAGUCCUUGGUUACGUGGCUUACAAUGACAGCUCCAAGUGCAUUGCUUAUAAAGCCCUGCCUGCGUGCUUUUGGCCACAAGUCCUGGUGGAAGGGCUGACAGGGUAUUUGAUGAGGGCAAUACCAACAAAUGCUUGCCAUGCAACAGAGAGUUCUGCAGCACCAAGAGAGGCCUCCGAGAUGUACAUUGCACUCGUGCAGGGCUACGACUGCUCUUCUGUCGAGAAGGCCCAUUGUGGCCAGCAGGCUGGGUAUCAAACUGCUGUUGUGUACAGUGUGGAUUCAGAGCAACUGAAUACCAUGAUGGCUGAUGACAAAGAAAUCCAACAGCUGAUUAAGAUAUCACUCUUUACAGGACAAUCAGUCUCCCUCCACUUGUGAGGGACUUUGCAAUGUGUGAAAGGGGCAUACAUCAGACUUCUACCACCCAAAACCUGUUUGAGUCUUUGUCAAGUCAAUGCUAAAAUGCUGCAGAAAACUUUCAUCAUGCAGGAUUUCAGGGACAUAUUCCACAUCAUUGCCGCUAUCUCAGUUAUGGUUGGUUUAAGCUGGUACAAGAGGGCUCACAAGUUAAAGCUGCACACAUACAAGCAGGGAGACAAAUACGAGACCUGUGUGAUCUGCAUGGCAGAUUACAAGGAAGGGGACCGCCUGAAGAUCCUGUCCUGUUCCCAUGCUUACCACAUCAUCUGCAUUAACAUCUGGUUCCACACCCAGUCCAGGAAGAAGACAUGUCCCUUCUGCAAGCAGGUGGUGAACACCUAUGGGCAAGGUGAUCUCCUGCCAGAGCAGGCUGGUGAAGAUGUGAAUGAGGAGGAACAGGGCUAUGAAGACAAUGCAUCCAGAGAAGGGCAUGAUGAUGAGUAUGUUGAAAAGGAGAAAGAUGAUGCAAGCACAGUGGAAGGGGAAGAGUUUGAUGUGCUGGAGGACAUCACCAUAUGA